AUGUUCAGUUUUAUUAAAAAAGAUAAAGAAAAGGACAAAGACAAGAAGGAAAAAGAUAAAAAGAAAAAGGAGAAAGAUGAAAAACAAGAUAAAAAACACCUGGAAAAGAAAGAAAGGCAAAAUAUGACCCCAGAAGAAAUAACAAGGAUUGAAGAGAUGAAAGGAAUGUUGAGGAAAUUUAGUGAUAGGGAUAAGAAACGGAGCGGCCAGAAGUCUACUGACCUUUCAAGUCCAGGAGAGAGUGAGGACGCCAUGGAUAGUGCUUCAUCUGCACAUUCUAGUCCAGUCAAAGAGGCUAAACAUCUCAGCAAGCCACAGCCAUUACCCAGACAGCAACUGCUUGCUGCUAGUUCUAGAAGAGACCCACCUGCGGUUAUGCCAAAGCCCAAAGUGAAAAGUAUUCUUAAAGGAAAAGGAGAUGCAGGAUCUAGUGUUAAUGCUUCUCUCAACUUGGAUGAUUCAAAACUUCUUCAAGAGAACACAAAGCGCAAUGAGGACAUGUUUGUACAGCAGACGUCUUCUUCAAACUCGACUGCAUUAUCAGUCCAGCAAUCUGAGGCAGCAACAUUGUCUUCCCAAGUGACAUCAGCCACCCCAGAUGAUGAAGAGGAGGACAUCAAACUCAAACCUUUUGAAUCGAAGCUAAAAUUGCCCCCUAUCAUACCACCUAAACCACCAAGGAUUAGAGAAAUAGAAGUGCAACGGAUGCAGUCUGGAGGAUUUGGGUUUAGCCUGCGAAAGGGAUUGAUUCCAGAACCUGGAGGUGGACCACCUCAAGUGGUCACAUUUGCUGAGCCAGGGAGUGGGCCAGGCAGCAUACAGACUGGGCUUCUGCCUGGAGAUAAAUUAAUUGAAAUCAAUGGACACAAUGUGGAAAACAUGUCCAGGGAGGAGAUAGUUGAAAUUAUCAAGAAUGCAUCAGACAAAAUGAUCCUCAAGGUUCAGCCUAUUCAAGAGCUGAUAGAACUGAGCGUCAGACCAAACCGUGAUGGUACAGCCACAGAUAUACAAGAGGAUGCUGCAAAAAGUGGAACAUUGAGAAGGAGUGGCAGUUUGCGGUACAAGCAGGGGGCUCGGAAUGAAGAGGAUGUCAAGUCAGCACAGGAAUGGCUGGAAACAGAGAAAGUGUGGCUGGUUCAUCGUGGUGGCUUUUUGGAAGUUUACCAGCUCAAGUCUGAAAGUACCAGUCUGCCUGAGGGACGGGUCAGGGUGAAGCUGGACACUGGGGACAUUAUUGAAGUGGACGAGGAUGAUAUUGAGAAGGCCAACCCACCCCAAUUUGACAGGGCAGAGGAUCUGGCCUCACUGCGGUAUCUGAAUGAGUCAAGUGUACUUCACACCUUGAGACAGCGGUAUGCAGCCAACCUGAUACAUACCUACGCUGGACCCAACCUGGUGGUCAUUAACCCUAUGCAACAAUUGCCAGUCUAUGGUGACAAGGUAGUUCAAAUUCUGAAGGGCUGCAAGCAGGAGGAUAUGCCUCCUCACAUAUUCUCCAUGGCUCAGAUACUGUACAGGGAUAUGCUCAACAGCAGGAGGGAUCAGUCCUUGCUUCUGAUGGGCAAAAGUGGGAGUGGCAAGACUACCAAUGCCCAGCAUGUCAUGCACUACCUGAUUACAGCCGCAGGCACUACUAGCAAUGUCUUUACAGUUGAGAAGAUGGUAUCUGUGUACACCCUUCUGCAUGCCUUUGGCAACAGCCGGACAUCGUUAAAUGUCAACGCCAGCAGGUUUACCCAGAUUUUUACUAUCGACUUUGAUCACUCAGGCCAGAUUGGCUCCGCUUCAGUGCAGGCACUGAUGUUUGAGAAGACGAGGGUGGUGAGGAGGCCAGAGGGAGAACCAACCUUCAGUAUUUUCUACCAGUUAUUGGCAGGAGCUGAUAGCACCCUGAGAAAUGAGUUGCAGUUGCAAACUCUGGCAGAAUCCAACUUGUAUAUGACACCUCCACAAAAGCCUGAGGACAAGCAAAGAGCAUCAGAGGCCUGGUCCAAGGUGUUGCAAGCAUUUGACAUUGUGGGCAUCACCAACGAUGAGGUGAAGGCUAUUGUCAGUGUACUAGCCGCUAUCUACCACUUGGGAAAUGCAGGAGCUGUCAAAGGAAAUACAAAUAAGCCCCAGUUUGGCAAGCCAGCAGCAGCUCAGAAAGCUGCAGCACUGCUGGGCACCACUGUUGAAGAACUGAUCAAGUGCAUAUUUGCCAGUGGAGGAACUUCUACACUUAACCGCAGUGCCUCUCUCAG